AUGGACCGCUUUGCAACCCUUGUGUCUGCUGCUUUGACAGCCUUCGCUCUUUUCUCCACGUCUGAGGCCGCCUGCUCUCCGAGAAAGAAUGACACUUGCCCUAUGCAGGUGCGUUCUGCCUAUGCCGGACCUGAAGGCAUGGUAGUCAGCUGGAACACUUACUCCCGGCUUUCCGAUCCCUUUGUCCGAUAUGGCAAGAGCCCACAUCACAUGGACAAGGUGGCUGUCUCGGAAGUCUCCGUCACCUAUCCCACCUCGACUACGUACAACAACCAUGUGUCCAUCAAGGACCUUGAGCCUAACACCGUCUACUACUAUGUACCAGUGGACGGCAAAGAGCAAACUCCUUUUAAAUUCAAGACUAGCCGUUCGGCAGGUGACAAGUCGCCCUACUCCAUUGCUGUCGUUGUCGAUCUGGGUUUGAUUGGGCCGGAUGGCCUGACGACUCAUGUUGGCACCGGUGCUGCUAACCCCCUUAAGCCGGGUGACAAGAACACCAUCCAGUCGUUAGAGGCACAGGGUGCUGAGACUGAGUUUUUGUGGCAUCCUGGUGACAUUGCCUACGCGGACUACUGGUUGAAGGAGGAGAUUCAGGGAUUCCUCCCUAACACUACCAUUGAGGGUGGGGCUAAGGUCUACGAGACGUUGUUAAACCAAUUUUACGAUGAGAUGACGGCGGUUACCGGUGUCAAGCCAUAUAUGGUUGGUCCUGGAAACCACGAAGCGAACUGCGACAACGGCGGCACCACAGAUAAAGCCCACGGUAUCAAAUACAACGUGUCGAUUUGUCUGCCAGGACAAACUAAUUUCACUGGUUUCAUCAACCACUUCCGCAUGCCAAGCGCCCAAUCUGGUGGUCUUGGGAACUUCUGGUACUCUUUCGACUACGGAAUGGUGCACUACGUCCAGCUGGACACCGAGACCGACCUCGGUCAUGGCUUCAUUGCCCCCGACGAGCCCAACGGUGUCGAAGCCGAAGAUGCUGGGCCAUUCAGCAAUCUGAAGAAUGCCCAGACGAAGUGGCUCGCUAAGGAUCUGGCCUCUGUAGAUCGCAGCAAAACUCCCUGGAUCAUCGUCGCUGGCCAUCGCCCCUGGUACGCAUCCAUUGGAACUGACGCCUCGGAUAACUGCUUCGACUGCAAGGACGUCUUCGAACCUCUUUUCCUGGAAAACAAUGUUGACCUGGUCCUGUCUGGUCACGUCCACGCCUAUGAGCGUACCGCCCCUACUGCCAACUUCACUGCUGACCCGAAGGAGCUUGAUAACCCUUCCUCCCCCUGGUAUAUCAUGAAUGGUGCUGCAGGCCACUACGAUGGUCUUGAUACCCUCAUCGAGCCGCGAAACAGCUACUCCCGUUUCUCGCAAGACACAGCCUAUGGGUGGAGCAGGUUGACCUUCCACAACUGCACCCACCUGACGCAUGAGUUUGUUGCUAGUGCGAACGGCACAGUACUGGAUACGGCUACAUUGUUUAAGGGUCAUAAAUGCUAG